UUUAUUUACUGCGAUAAAGAAAACAGUUAAUACGAGGCAAGGCUUUACGACAGUUCUGUUGGUGUCGCCAAAGCCGUAAACCGUUUUGUCCGACCUGGCAGAGAAGAGAGACAUAAGGCCUUAAGGCUUAUAAAUAUAUAGACGAUGAAAAUAGAGUUGAUAAAAGGCGCUUUCUUUUUAUAGACAGUAUUCCAGUCUUCCUCAAGAUGAUCAUUGAAAAUGUGGAUGCCUUGAAGUCGUGGCUGGCAAAACUCCUGGAGCCUAUAUGUGACGCUGACCCGUCUACCUUGGCGAAUUACGUGGUGGCUCUCGUGAAGAAGGACAAACCUGAGAAGGAGCUGAGAGCGCUUUGUGCUGAUCAACUCGAUGUCUUUCUACAAAAGGAGACGGUAGGAUUUGUUGAUAAACUCUUUGAAUGCCUGACAACCAAAAUCUACCUGGGAAAUACUGCACCCAAAGAGGCUCCGAAAGAGGAAGUCAAAGCUCCUGCUGUGAAGACUGAAGGGGAGGAGGUAGUGGUGACUGAAGCUUCAGAGGAGGAGAGAGAAAACCGGCGCAGAAGAAGUCCUUUAAGAAAUCGCACAGAAUUCAACGACUCCAGGAGCCGGGACGACCGGAGACGGGAUGAACGCAAACGCCGUGACUUUGAGCGGCAAGGUAAAGGCAGCGGCGGCGGCGGCGACUCCCACCGCGAUCGAGAGCGACACGAGCGCCGCAGGGGGAGCCCCCGUGGGAGGAGCUACAGCCGGAGCCGGAGCAGGAGCGGCAGCCGAGGAAAAAGCAGGGACAGGGAGCACAGAGGAGGCAGAGACUUCAAGUCGAAGUUCGAGGUGGAACGGAAGGACCCGGACGGCUACAACUCUUCGGCCACAUCCCAGCAGCAGCACCCCUCGCCUCUCCUGCCGCUCCCUACGCCUCCACACCCCUUCCCCUCCUCGUCCUCCGCCGGAGCCCCCGGAGCUGGAGGUGUUCCCGUGGCAACGUCGGCUCACAUCCCCGACAGCACCACGGACAGCUGGUCAGGCUACUACGCCGCUCAGAGGAAAGAUGGGGUCGGCAAGCCGUUUAGCAACAAGGGGGCCUCACUCAAGCAGCGCUGCAGGGAUUAUGACGAAAAAGGAUUUUGUGUCCGCGGCGACCUUUGUCUCUUCGACCACGGCAACGACCCCCUCAUCGUCGACGAUGUCAAUUUACCCAAUAUGAUUCCCUUCCCGCCACCGCCAGUCAUGCCUCCCCCUGGACUACCCAUGCCGCCACUCCCAGAGCCUCCCCCCUCCCUCCGAAUGCCAUCAAUGCCACCCUAUGGCCACCCGCCGCCCGGCGUCUUCCCAAUGCCCAGACCCCCACUAAUACCUACCAGUGGGAUCGACACCCCGAAUCACCAGUCUGCAGUCACGUCGUCUCCUCUCAUCGGACCACCUUUGGUUGGGCUUCGACCUACUCUUCCUCCUCCUCCUCCUCCUCCGCCUCCUCAGCCUCCCUCUUCAUCCUCCACUGUGUCUCUUCGUCCACAAUAUGUUCAGUCUGAAUAUAAUUACGAUCCUGAAGGCUACAACCCUGAAUCUCCGGGCCUGACGGCUCCAGGUCCAAACUCGUACCGGCAGUUUAUUCCCCGGGUGCAGAGCCAGCGGCCCAACCUCAUCGGGCUGACGUCCAGCGAAGGGCAGGUCUCCAGAGCCGCUAACAUAGUGAUCCAGACGGAGCCGGCGACCGGAGUCGGCGCUCCUGGAGCGAACACGUCGCGUUUCAACUCGGAACAGGACAGCAGGAAGAGGUCCAUGGGGGCCAUUACAGCGGAAGGACCCGCCAUUAAAAAGCCUUGGAUGGAAAAGUCCAACUUCAAUAAUCGUCACAAGGGGAUUUUUCCAAAGAGAAAUUACUAUGUGAACACAAAGCUGGAGGUGCGGCGGAUCCCCCCGGAGCUCAACAACAUCACCAAACUCAACGAGCAUUUUAGCAAGUUUGGAACCAUCGUCAACAUUCAGGUCGUGUUCGGUGGAGAUCCAAGAGCAGCGCUGAUCCAGUACACAAAGAACGAAGAAGCCAGGCGGGCCAUAUCCAGCAUCGAGGCGGUGCUGGACAAUCGCUUUAUCUGUGUGUAUUGGCACAGAGAGCCAGACGCCAAUCCCACUGGCCUCCAACAGCAGGAGCAGAGUUUAGGAAACCAGGGACCUGGGGCCGCCGCGGGCCAGGGGCUCCAGCACAUGCAUAAGGGGAUCAAGCAGCACAAUCCAGCUACAUAUGUGUUAAACAAAAUCCCACCUAAGCAUCAGCAGAACGCUGCAGCUGGACCCACCAACCCUCCAAAGACAGACAUGUUGACUCCGACCUCUGACACCACCGCUGCUGUGGCGCCUGUUCACACAAACACCCAGAAGGGGCCCUACACAUCCACGGGUCUGAAGCCCUCCUCGAAGAGCCUAGGGAAAACGGGAAAAGCUCUGGAAGCACAAGAAGCUCUCAAGAAGAAGCAGGAGGCAAUGAAACUCCAACAGGACAUGAGAAAGAAGAAACAGGAGAUGUUAAAAACGCAAAUUGAAUGUCAGAAAGUGCUGAUAAACCGACUGGAGAAAAACCGAAGCAUGAAGCCUGAGGAGAGAGCCAACAUAAUGAAAACCCUGAAGGAGCUAACGGAGAAGAUCACCCAGCUGCAGAAUGAAAUGAACCCGGCCUCCCAGGUCUCAAGUGUUAAGACCAGCCCCAACCAGCCCAAAACCAAAACGGAUACCCACAAGGAAUUGUUGGAUGCUGAGCUGGAGAUUCACAAAAAGAUGAGCUCUGGAGAAGACACAACAGACCUCAAGAGGAAACUGGGUCAGCUGCAGGUGGAGGCGACACGUCUGGGUCUAAUCCGGCCCCCGGCGGGUCGAGGCCGGGGCCGAGGAAAGAUGCUGUCCGGGCCCGGUGCGAUGCACGGAGGCCGAGGCAGACGGGACAUGGCGGCUCGAGGCGGCUUGGUGAACCGCAUGGUGAUCGACCACAGACCCAGAGCGCUGGUCAUUUUGGGCGUCACACAGGAAGAGAAGGAGGAGCUUAAGCUGCAUUUUGUGAAAUUUGGAGAAGUUGAAGAACUCGGAGAUCAAGAUUCCAACAGCCUCAUCCUGACCUUUAGGACAAGAAGCGAAGCGGAGAACGCGGCUAAUCAAGGAGCAAAGUUCAAAGGUCGCACACUACAAAUAUCCUGGUACAAACCUAAAACGCCCUCGGUUACGACCGAACCCGAGGAGGAAGAAGCUAAAGACGAGGACAGCACGAAGGACGCAGGCUCGUACCUGCCAGGCGAGGACAGAGACGAAGAGGAAGAGGAGGAAGACGACGAUGAAGACGAUGAGAACGAGAGUCGAUCUUGGAGACGAUAAAAGAAAAAAAAACACACAAAUUGGAUUCUACCCAUAGAGAAGAACACAAAUUUUCCUUUUUACAGUAAACUUCCACAUAAAUCAAAGGCUUUAUUUCAUGGUUCCUCCCAAAAAACACAAAAACUUGGAGGUCAAUACCCCUUCUUUCACAAAAACAUCUCACUUUUGAUGAGAAAAAUUAAUGUUGAGUUGUUCUUAUAGAUGGAAAAAUUUAUGUAAGUUUUAGUGUGCUUACCAGAUGAUUAAUAUCAGUAAUGCACAACAUUUGUGUCUACUGUGAAUAGGUAUUUUUAUACAUACUGUAUUGAAGCUCUUUUCUCACAGGUUUUUGUAAAAAGAAAAUAAAAUCUCGUCCUCCGUUCAGGGACAGCCAUUCCAUCACCAGUAAACCGUUCUCUUUUGCCUCCAGAGAGAUUUAUUUUUCCACUGCAUCAAUAUCGACAUUCAUUUUUAGGCUCCAAAUUGCUAAAAGAUUGACUUAUUUUUCCCUUCUAGCGACUCAGAUUUUUGUUGCAUCCACCCAUCAUUACCGAACAGUGUACCGUUAAAGCCAGUGCUGGCACGGAUACAGUGCAAUAGGUUGACAAACAAUGUUUACGGAUAUCCAUUUGCAUCGCCGGUGUUCUAGAAAUCUGCAACACUUUUGACCUGCUGUGGUUCUGCGAAGAGCCCGGCGGUAAGACGAAAAUAAAGGCAUCCAUAGACAGGUGUUUGAAUGUAAUACUGGACAGUGGAUUUUAAUAUAAACUUAAUAUGUAUAAACAUUUCUUUGCCUUACUCGGUCAGCAAAUUGCUGAGUUUUUACAGGAUUUUUUGUGAUUUACUUUUGUAAAUUUUGUAAAUGCUUGAAAGAGAAUCUUUUUCUCCCUUAACGUUGUGUUUCUGUCAUUUCUUGGAAAUGGUCGUAUCAGGUCGAUGAGGUCAAGCAUGAAUGCUUAACUACUUUUUUUUGCAAGAGUGUAAUAUUUAUGUUAAACUGUCCUUUUUUUUUUAUUUACCUUUUUUUUCCAAAAUUGUGGAGAACACUGUUUAAAAAAAUCCCCUGAGAUUUCUGAACCAAUUUCAUUUAACACUGGUGCAGCUUUCUGUCACUUUGAAUACUAAUUCAGUUGUUUAUACACCACUCGGUUAGUACAAUCACAAAGAACUGAAAGAUUUCGUUUAUUUAAAGGUGAUGAGUCCCAAAUUCAAUUAGAGCUUUACAAAACACCAUAUUGUACAGACUUGUUUUUUAAUUAUUUGUUUACUAGUCAAAGUGGUUUUAAAAGAAGCCAAUAGAGUUUCACAUUUAAGUCUGUAGCAGUCUUUACUUUAUCUUGACAAAAGUGAUGUACACAACACAAACCCACGCUUCUUAUUGUUUUCUUUUUACUUCUGAGCACACCUGUAGAUAUUUUUUUUUCCAUUUUUUUUUUUAGGGUUGAUCAACUUAUCUUUAAGAUUUAGAACUUGUUUUUUUAAGUAAAGUCAUAGGCAGGUUUAAGUGACAAACCUAAGAUGUGGACUUAGUGUCUCAUUUCCACUUUUUAUUUUCUUGUUUGUACUGUCCUCUGUAUGCUACUAUGACACGAUAGUUCCAAAUGUAUAAAAUGUUUAUUGGAUAAUAGUUUUUGGAUUUGUUACUGUUUAUAUUUGCAGGAUGUGGAUGUAUUUUCUUGAUGUAAUUUUGUUUGUAAAAAAAUGGAUUUCUAAUUUACUAGCAUGUUUGCUUUUGCCAAUAAAGAGAGGAAUGGGGUGCUUGUAAGAUGAGGAAAAAAAAGAAGAAAAAUCAAAUUGGAUUAUGGAAAGAAGGAAAAAAAGAGCCAAAUUUAAAAGGAAAAAAUAAAAAAAAGAUUUCAGAUGAGAGAAAAAAAAAAUGCAAGCAAAAGCAUUCCACAAACUAUUGUUUAAAA